AUUAUUUCUCUGCUCAUUCAGAUUCUCUCUUUUUUUCCCUUUCUCUCCUUUUCUUUUUUAAUUUAUUUUCAGUCUUUAAUUGUCUUUGCAAAGAAUUCUGCGCUCUCGUUUUUUUUAUUUAUUUUGGAUUUAUCUCACACUCUACUCUCUCUCACUCUCCACUCUCUUUACUCUUGACACUCUCCACAUUGAUAUCUGCAUCCAUUGAAUGCCUGUCCGCAAACAACAUCUUCCUACUCCACAGAACCUACAGAUCUAAUCCAUAUUCACAUCAGGGAUCGAAUCGUCCGUGCCUGUGAACAUGAACACGAAUAUGAAUAUGAAUAUGAACAUGGGCAUGGUCAUGACCAUGGCUAGUAAUCAUCCCGAGGCUGCUCACCAUCAGAUUAGCAGCCAUGGCCACAAUGACUUCGUCAACAACAACAACACCAUCCAUAGCCUUGAUGAUAGUAUGAGUAGUAAUAGCAGUGGUACAAUGUUAAUCCCUACUACCAUUCCUACCAUUCCUACCAUCCUUACAGCACCCAGCACCCUCUCAUCAUCCUUGUCAUCAAUAUCCUCAACAACCCAAAGCAGCAGUCCUGUGCCGGUCGUUGGGAAAGAGUUAAAACCAAUGACCGACCACACCCACCGGUCUCAUCAUUCUCGUCUCGCCCGCUGUUCUUCGUCGCCUCAACAACUCUCUUCUCUCACUCAUUCAAAAGUUCAUUCAGCACGUUCACGUCCACAUUCUCAUUCUCAUUCUCAUUCCCACCCUCAUUCUCAUUCAUGUUCCCAUCGCCACUCUCAUCCUGACCUUGUUUCAAUCUUUUUGUGCUCACAAUAUCCCAACUCGCAUUCAUACUCCACAGGCACAGGUCCGAACAGUGUCCUUUGGAAAGCCUACUCGCGUGUCAAGCAAAGUAUUGCCGAAACUCAUUCGACCAAUCCUCUUGAAACAAUGACUGAGUAUUGGCAUUCACUCAGUUCUCCGAGACGGCGGGAUCUACAGCAACACCAGUCAGAGAAGUUUCAGGAGAAGACUCAAGACAUGGAGCUAUGCGUUGAUACCAUGACUCAGACCGGUCACCUCAUUUCUGCCUUACCCUCUGCUUCACCAGCUGAAUCCACGUGCUCAGAUUCGGCCUACUCUCUCCCAGAUAAAGAAGAGUCAAAUAACAGCAACAGCAAUAGCAGUAGUAGUAAUAAUAAUAAUAUGAUGAUGACAUUGAAGCCCACAACACCAUCGUAUGCAUUACUGCAAUCUGUCCAAUCAUCCGCAACUGAACAUGGUCGAAUCCUUGCAGAGCGAUCCAGAUCCUCCUUUAAUCGGCUCUUGGACUCGGUCUUGGACAAUGCCACCACCCUUGCUGAAUCAAAUGCUGUUCAUGAAUCUUAUUCUGAAGAGGAAGUGGAGAAGAACAAAAAGAAGGAGUCCCAAAAACAAUCAAAAACUCAGCAACAGAUAGCGACGGUGGUUAGAAAGGCCAAGUUCUUUGUUGGUGAUUCAAGUGAUGAGGAAGAUGAAAAUGGGGAGGAAGAGAGAGAGGAAGAAGAAGAGAUUAAGAAGAAGGUUACUUACAUGCGCCCUUCUGCUGACUCACAUUCAUUGCGCCAUCUUCAUGGCCGUGAGAGUCGAGGAGGCUAUCAUCAUCAUCAUCACCAUCAUCUUCGUCAUCAUCAUCAUCAUCAAGAAUCCCAUGAUGGUGACUGUGAGGACUUUGAUAUUACUGAACAGGACGAUGAUGAUGAGGCAUUCUAUUUUGGCAAACCACCUAGGCAACUAAUGAAGCCUAGUGUCCCCAGAGAUCGCGCACAUUCUCAUUCUGGCGCUCCAAGUUCUCCGGCCAUACCACGACCAUACAAGAAUGCGAGCAUUGUCCUGCAAAGACGUCAGUCUCUCUUAUCGGAUCUCCUGAUGGCAGAGAAGCAGCAAAAGCAACAACAGAAGCUACUUUUGCAACAGCAGCAGCAACAGCAACUACAGAGUUUGAAAUAUCAAUAUCCUAUUGGAUCCAAUACUGAUGGCGAGGCCAAUGUGAUCGCUCAAGUAUCUCGUAUGGCCAAUGUGUCGGAUGUAAAUGCCAAGUCGUUGCAUUCUCUAUACCCCACAUCUUCUCGAUUGCAACAACAACAGCAGUAUCAUUCGCAACAACGCUAUCAUCAAGAUACCACCAAGCUUUCCAUUCAAGAAGAACAAGAGGAUGAUGAUAUCCUACACAAGACUAAGAGCACUCUGGUUAGGACGAAAAAAAUAUACAAAAACUUGGCGGAGCUAGCCAAGACUGCGGAGAUAAUGCCAUCAAGCAAUCGAGUAACUUUUACGACAUCAUCACCUACGAUGGCCUCUUUCAUUGCCAAAACCUCCUCUGUAUUACCAUUACCACCAUCUUCAACCACCAUCUCUAUGCCUUUAAAGACACCCGGAGUAGGAGUAACAGCAUCAGGAACAACCACAACAGCAACCACCACCGCCACCACAACAGGUUGGACACCUUCUCAAGUUCAAGGUCAAACUUCAUCACUGGUUGCACAAUCGACUAUGACAGCCCAGCGUGCACUCUUGAAUGCCUCUACUACUUUGACGGAUGUCUUGUUCCGUAGGCGAUAGAUAGCUUAUUUCUUUUGUCAUUAUCAUAUAUUAUAUAUACUCUAGCGAUCCUCUUUUUCAUUUCUCUCCACUCCACUCUUUUUCAUUUCUCUCCACUCCACUCCAC